AUGGCCGUGUUGCUCAUCCCUGUGCAGCUGCUGGCAGUGGCUGUCACCAUUUACCUAGAGCUGGUGAGGUCUACUCAAGGAGGUGUCUACUAUGGGAUCAAGCAGCUACCACCCCAGGUGCCCCAGUACCAACCCCUCGGACAACAAGUACCUCACAUGCCGCUGGGCAAAGAAGGCAUCCCGAUGCAGCACAUGGGAAAGGAGAUGCCCCACAUGCAGUACGGGAAAGCGUACCCCCAUCUGCCUCAGUACAUGAAGGAGGUCCCGCAGAUGCCUCUGCUCGGCAAGGACAUGGCUCCUAAGAAAGAGAAAGAAAUGCCCAUGCGCAGUCUGAGGGGUGAGCAAGGUCCCCCCGGUGAGCCUGGACCAAGAGGGCCACCAGGGCCACCAGGAUUACCAGGUCACGGUGUGCCAGGAGCCAAAGGAAAACCAGGCCCGCAAGGAUAUCCAGGAAUUGGGAAGCCGGGUUUGCCGGGGAUGCCGGGGAAACCAGGUGUCAUGGGGCCCCCGGGGCCGAGAGGGGAGAUGGGGCCAAAGGGGGAGAUUGGGCCCAUGGGGAUACCUGGGCCUCAAGGACCGCCGGGGCCUCACGGCCUUCCUGGCAUAGGCAAAGCAGGUGCUCCAGGGCUGCAGGGACAGCCGGGACCGAAGGGCGAGCCUGGGAUGAAGGGUCCCCCGGGAGCCCCCGGGAUCCCAGGGCCAAAAGGGGAGAAGGGCGUUGGGAUCCCGGGUUUGCCGGGGCUGAAGGGUCCGCCUGGGCUGCCCGGUCCCCCUGGCCCCGUGGGGCUGCCGGGGGUCGGCAAGCCGGGCAUGGUCGGCUUCCCCGGCCCGCAGGGACCCCUGGGCAAACCCGGACCCCCAGGAGAACUGGGGCUGCAGGGACCCCCGGGGGCCCCCGGGAUCCAAGGCCCUCCCGGCCUGCCCGGCGUUGGCAAACCAGGCCAGGACGGCGUCCCAGGCCAGCCAGGCUUCCCGGGUGGCAAAGGGGAGCAAGGCCUGCCAGGCUUACCCGGCGCCGCGGGGCUGCAGGGACCCCCGGGGAAACCUGGGGCGCUCGGUCCCCCUGGACAGCCAGGACUUCAGGGGCCGCCCGGCCCACCCGGGCCCCCAGGUCCCCCGGUCAUCAUCCCACCCACUCCGCCGGCCGUGGGACAGUACCUGCCCGAGGUGGGGCCAAUAGACGGCGUCAAGCCCCCCUACGGCUACAAGGGCAAGAAAGGCAAGGCUGGCGGCGCCGUCUACGAGAUGCCCGCAUUCACGGCGGAGCUUCUCACCCCCUUCCCCCGGGUCGGGGUGCCCGUGAAGUUCGACAAACUCCUCUACAACGGCCGGCAGAACUACAACCCCCAGACAGGGAUCUUCACCUGCGAGAUCCCUGGCGUCUACUACUUCGCCUACCACGUCCACUGUAAAGGGGCCAGCGUCUGGGUGGCGUUGUUCAAGAACAACGAGCCACUGAUGUACACCUACGACGAGUACAAGAAGGGCUUCCUGGACCAGGCUUCGGGCAGCGCCGUCGUCCAGCUGAUGCCCGGAGACAAGGUUUACGUUCAAAUGCCAUCCGAGCAGGCGGCAGGACUCUAUGCCGGGCAGUACGUUCAUUCAUCUUUUUCAGGAUAUUUAUUGUAUCCCAUGUAAAACAAAAACCAGACACACACACACACACACACAAAAUCAAAACCUUUCUUCUCUGCUUCAAACUUUUAUACCAUGAAAGAUGCAUUUUAUGACCAUUUCAGACCAUCUUGUACAAAAAUAAAUAAAUAAAUACAAAGUUUAACAUUAUGCACAGCUAGUUAUAAAAAAAAAAGGUGUGGUGAACAUAUCUAAAGAUGUGUAUCAGGUUCAUAAACAGAUGUUUUGCACCCAAGGGGGACAUAUUAGCUGUACAUUAUAUAUUUCUGUGAUGCCAUGCUUACUUCAUUUCGUUCACAAUAAUUCAGUACUAAGGUUCAAAUCAGUGUACGUCACUCACUCCUGUUGCAUUGAUCAUAGUUAGGAGGUCAAAAACAGUGACUUAAACCAGAGCAGGUCAGUCUCAAAGUACAUGAAAAAAAUUGAGUGGCUUUUUAUUUGUUU